GGCAAUAAAGGAUCUCCUAACAGCACAAUUCUAGCGGAACCACAGCCGCCUAUUGUCUCUGACAGAAGCGUUGUGGAGGCUGUGAUGUUCAGGUCCUUCUCCAACUCUCCCAUCUGUGGAUUCACAUCCGUCCAGAGCGUCGUUUCCUCUGCCGUCUCCUCCAGCCAACCCACCACAUGCAUGUUUUAAGAGCACCGGGAUGGACAGUUUGAUCCUGGGGGCCGGUGACACUGAAGUCCUGGUGAGAUGUCCUUUAGUGGCAACGAGAGCCAGGCUUCCCCAUCAACGUCAGCUCCAACUCUGCCCUUCAGCAGCUCCACCUCUCCACAUUCCCUACCAUGGGAGGAGGGGGAAACCACUAAUGAGUCUGUGCAGGAAUGGUUGGGGAAUAAGACGCUGUUCCUUUCAGACCUCGCCGUUCUCGGGCAUGAUGAGCAGUGCCAUAUGUCGUCUGUCCUCACAGUGUGUCUGGUUGUGUGGUACAGCCUGACGAUGGUGCUGGGGCUGGUGGGAAACAUCGGCCUAAUCUGCAUCAUCGCCCGUCACAGAGAAAAAGUCAAUGUCACCGGCAUUUUCAUCUGUAACCUUUCAUUCUCUGACAUCCUAGUGUGUGUCUUCUGCCUUCCUUUCACCGUCAUAUACACACUAAUGGACCAUUGGGUGUUUGGGUCGCUGCUAUGCCGGCUGGUGCCAUUCAUCCAGUGUGCAUCUGUGACCGUGUCUGUGCUGUCUCUCGUUUUCAUUGCUCUGGAAAGACAUCAGCUCAUCAUUAACCCAUCUGGAUGGAAACCAAGCAUUUCUCAGGCCUACAUGGUGGUGGUUCUCAUUUGGACUCUGGCCUCCUUCACCUCCUCGCCGUUUUUGGCAUUUCAGCUACUCACAAGUGAGCCCUACACCAACGUCACCAUGCCUCAGUCUCCACUCCAUCACCAAGCCCCCUCUCAGGCUUAUCUCAAUGCAUCUCCACCUCAGCCUUACCACACACUCAAAAACUCAUCUGCGCUUUUAAAUUCAUACCACACACUUUUCUCUUAUGCGCCUGCGUCUCCACAUAUGGAGGCCUGUCUGGAGCACUGGCCUUCCCAGCAACACCGGCUCGCUUACACCACAUGGCUCCUUCUGUUCCAGUACUGUGGCCCACUAUUGUUGGUCCUGCUCUGUUAUGUUAGAGUUUUUGUGCGCCUUCGCCACCGCAAAGACAUGCUGGACCGCGCCAGGACAGCAGAGAGCCACAGCAUGACUCACAGCCGCCGAAUCAACGUAAUGCUUGUCGCCCUCAUCACAGCGUUUGCUCUCUGCUGGCUGCCGCUGACCAUCUUCAAUGUGGUGUCAGACUGGAACCAGGAGGCUCUGCCCAUCUGCCAUCACAACCUGCUGUUCUCCCUCUGCCACCUGCUGGCCAUGUCCUCCACCUGCAUUAACCCUAUAAUCUAUGGCUUCCUAAAUUCCAACUUUCGCCAGGAGGUGAGAGAAUUGCUCCUGCACUGCCGCUGCAGUCCGGUAGAGGAAGGGAGUGAGCGUUUUCCCAUGUCCACAGUGCACAUGGAAGUGUCCCGGACCUCCAUGCCUCAGAGCAACUCUGUCUGACUUUGAUAAUACAACCUGAAAGAUUUUGCUAAUUUAGAAUUUAGUCACAUGAACUGUAAAAACAAACUCCUGCUGUUUGUUCCACCUUUUAGUAAGAAUUGCCUAGAAAAUCUUUGAAAUUGAUUGAAAGUACAACAUUUAUGUCUCUGGUCUGAAGUGAAGUGUGAGUUACAAUAUUGGUUUAUAUUUUUCUGCAGCAUCAAUAAGGAAAAACAACUUUAUUUUAAAAGAAAAUUACAUUUCAAACUAAAAUUCCCUUUUAGUUUACCCCUUUAGAUGCUUCAUUCUUACAUUACAUAUUAUACCAUUCAUAAAGUAAACAAUGCAAUUUACAUUUUUUAUUAAGAAAUAGAUCAACAAAUCAAUCCCACACCAUUAAAGGUGUUCUUCUUCGUUUAGUGAAUCGCAGGGACCCAAGUUGAUAUUGAGGCUUGUGUUAGACCAAAAAACUGUUGCUGUUGUGUCGUACCUCUGUUUUAUUUCUGACAUGUUAUUUGUA